AAAAAAAGUUGGUUUCUUGAGAGGUACUUCAGGAAGAAGUGAAAUAUUUUGAGGUCAUAUACAUUCACAAAAUACAGACCCCCUUCUAAGUUUUCUGUACCCACCAUUACUACACAUCUUCUCAUUCAAGCAACCCCUUGAUAAAUACUCUAUCUUCAUGUUUUUGAAGUGUAUGUAUUCAUAGUCAUAUCUUGAAUCACACUGUAGGUCUGAGAUUUUGAUCAGAAAUACCUACAAAUGGUUUGAAUUCUUCAGACAUAUCUACUGCCGGAAACACUGUGUUUUUUUUCCCGGUCUCUCGGCCGUUGUUUUACAUUUUAUCUUUAAUGGUUCUUUCUUGUAAUUAAGUUUCAUCAAAGUUUGUUUUGUUAUUUGAGAGAGGGAGAGGGGACGGACUGAAGAUGGGUGAAAUGGCUGCUCCUCCUGAGCAAUAUCCACAAGUUGAUGAUAUUGAGAAGAAUAGAUCAGGUUGUGGUAUUGGUAUUUCAAAUUUAUACAACGGAGUUUUCCGGCGGCCGAAGUUUUGGCCGAUGAGGAGAACAUCAUCAACAAGCUCUAUUCCGGCAAAUCCAAAUGACCUUCUCUCUCUCUCAUCCUUCAGUUCAUAUUCGAAAAGAAGACGUGGUGGUUCCAGUGACACCGCCUUUCUCGAAGCCAUUAAAUUAGCCGACUCACCACGGCUACAACCACCACAACCUCAAACUCGGCAACCGGAAGUUCAGAAACCGAUCACCAAGCAAAGUCAUUCUAAUUCACCGAGAAGUAUUCUGAAAAAAUCAAAUUUGUCGAAUGGUUUAAGCAAUACUACAAAGGUUGCAGCAAACCAGAACGGGCAAUCAGCACAAGGAAAGAAGGUGCCGAAAGAGUCUAUAGGCUUGUCCGGCGAGCUUGAUUUGAUGAUUAUCGAUCAUCAGCGUUCGAAAGCCGCAGCUGGUGGACUUGUUAGAGCUUCAUCGAGUAAUGUAAUGCUUCAUGGUCAUUUGGGUAAUCUGAGACAGCCAGGAGCCAAAAACUCAAAUGCGAAUGGUUCGAAUUCAACAGGGAAUAGCGUAAUGGGUAACAUAGUUAGGAAUAACAAUAAGAGUAGUAGUUAUCAGAAAGAUCAACAAUCGUCUCCGUCAGGUCCGAAUUUAUGUCGAGCUUUGUCAACCAGUAGGUAUGAUUCUGGGGCAUUGAAGGAAAUGGGUAACGAAGAGUAUAAGAAAGGGAAAUUUGUUGAGGCUUUAGCUUUGUAUGACCGAGCAAUUGCCAUGAACCCGGAGAAAGCGUCUUACCGGAGUAACAAAAGCGCUGCAUUGACGGGUUUAGGCCGGAUUCUUGAUGCAGCGGUUGAGUGUAAAGAAGCUAUUAGAAUUGACCCUUCUUAUCACAGAGCUCAUCACAGAUUAGCAACACUCUAUCUCAGAUUGGGAGACGCCGAGACCGCUCUGCACCAUUUUAAGAAUUCAGGAAAAGAAGCCAAAUCAAGUGAGAUUAAUCAAGCGCAAAGUCUUCAAACUCAUCUCAAAUAUUGCAAUGAAGCAAAGAAACAAAAAGAUUGGAACGCAGUUCUACAAAGAACCCGGUUCGCGAUAUCGUCUUGUGCAGAUUCAGCCCCACAGAUUUUCGCUCUACAAGCCCAAGCCUUGUUAAAACUCAGCAAACAUGAAGAGGCAGACGCUUUGCUAAUGAAAGCACCAGCUUUUGACGUGGAUGCCUGUACGGAAUUCUUCGGUCCCUCUGCCAAUGCGCAAUUAUUACAAGUACGAGCACAAGUUGACUUGGCCUCCGGCAGGUUUGACAAUGCCGUGGCAUUGGCUCGAAAAGCAGUCCAACUUGAUUCCAGCAACAAGGAAGUGAAUGGGGUUCUGAGAAAGGCACGAGCAGUGGCGUCAGCCCGAUCCCAAGGAAACGAGUUGUUCAAGGCAUCAAAAUUUUCAGAAGCAAGUGCUGCAUACAGUGAAGGACUUGAAUAUGAUCCAUACAACUCAAUUUUGUUAUGCAAUCGAGCUACUUGCCGAUCUAAACUUGGGCAAUUUGAAAGAGCUAUUGAAGAUUGUACGAGUGCUCUUAGUGUAAGACCAUCUUACACUAAAGCUAGGUUAAGGAGAGCUGAUUGCAAUGGCAAGCUGGAACGUUGGGAAGCUUCAAUACAAGAUUACGAGAAGUUGAUAAGAGAAACACCGGGAGAUGAAGAAGUGAGCCGUGCAUUAUUUGAUGCGCAAGUCCAACUCAAGAAACAACGUGGUGAAGAUGUUGAGGGCAUGAAAUUUGGUACUGACGUGAUUGUCAUUACCAACCAUGAACGUUUCAGACAUUUCGUUACCUCACCUGGUAUGUCAGUGGUGCUAUUUUGCAAUAAACAUAAUGAUAAACAAGGAUUGAAUUUUCUGGAGAAACUCUCUAAGAGAUACCCUUCUGUCAAUUUUCUCAAGGUGGAUGUUGAGGAGCACCCAUAUAUAUCAAAAUCAGAAGAGGUUAGUGGUGGCUCAUUACCAACUUUCAAGAUAUACAAAAAUGGUUCAAGAGUACAAGAUAUUCCUGGAAACAACCAUGAAUUGUUAGAAAGAUCUGUUCAGUAUUACACAACUUGAAUACCAAAAGAGAAGCCCAAAAGCAUACAUAAUUGGGGAAGAAACACUAACUUAGCUUGUUUUUGUGUGUGGUUUGCUUGUUCGUGAGAGGGUAUAAUUAGAAAGGAAAGAAAAAAUCAGUUUGCGUAGUUGUGUUACUAAUUGGUGUGAUAUAGAUUAAGAUAUUUCGUAGGAUUUUAAUUGUGUGUACGUAGUUUAUAUGCAUGUUUGUACUUUGGAAAAUAUGAUCAAAAAUUUAUCUUAUUUUUUAUCAAGUUCGUCACACUCUCUAACGAGUGUUCACGUAACAUUUUGAUUUUA